AAUGGCUUUGGGAAAUGCAGCAACAGUCCUCGCAGAGGGGAGGGGGUGGGCUGGAAAAGGGAGGAUGAGUGGGCAUGGCCCCAGCCGUCACCCCCCCAGUCCCCCUCCACCACUGCCUCCCGCUGUGAGUGCCAGUACCCAGCCCAGACUGCUGUUUCUGGGAGACGAGGGUGGGGAGGGCUGUGGGGUCUUGAGCUCCACACUCUUCCCAGCUGCCCUCGAGGGGAGAUGCGAGUGGGGCGACAGAGAGGCGGGUUCUGUCCAGACCGAGCCAGCCCUGACCACAGCUGGGCAUCUGCCAGACCCUGGCUUCUCUGCUGGGAAGAGUGGCCAGUGUGUGUGUGUGGGGGCGGGUGCAGUGCAGGCGGGUGGAGACCCAGGUCCUUGCACAAACAAGCUUUGGAGACAAACAACCCCGUGACCCUUUGAGGCUGGUGAAACUCCAAGAAAGGGUCCUUGGGACUAAACCCCACAGAGGGGCCACACGAGACUGAGAGGAGUCCAAAGAAAGACCCCAGUCCGAAAGCCUCCUCCCAGACGGAGGGGUCUCCAGACUGAGGGACCAACGCACAGGGGUCCCUGAGACACGGAUACAGCAAAAGGAUCCCCAGACUGUGAGACCUAGAGAGGAAGGGGUUCCUGGAAGUGAACAUUCCUGUCUCCUUACGCUGAGGCCAGCCCCGUGAGGACAUCAGCCCCAGCGGCAGGGUCCUGAUGGCAGCCGAGCCACUCACUGAGCUGGAGGCGGCCAUUGAGACAGUGGUCACCACCUUCUUCACCUUCGCAGGGCGGGAAGGCAGAAAAGGCAGCCUCAGCGUCAAUGAGUUUAAGGAACUGGUCACUCAGCAGUUGCCUCACCUGCUCAAGGAUGUGGGCUCCUUAGAUGAGAAGAUGAAGAGCUUGGAUGUGAAUCAGGACUCAGAGCUCAAGUUCAGCGAGUACUGGAGGCUGAUUGGGGAGCUGGCAAAGGAGAUUAGGAAAGAGAAGGCCCUGGAGAUCCGGAAGAAGUGAAGCCAGCUGGCUGGGAUGGGGGCGGGCAUGGCAUGGCUGGGUUGAACCCCACUUCCCGCAAAUAAAGCUUUCUCCUUGAAACACA